ACGAUAAAUACGAAUCUCGAAACACCGAGCGAGAUGCGCAGCACCAUCGCAUACUAUUUCAUCAGUCAACUUCAAAAGAAUACAAUUUAGUGUAUUGACAAAAGUCUAACCUAAGUAGAGAAAGUUGACGAAAUAAUUCAUAGCAAAGCCAUAAAAUUCUAUUAACUGUGUAUUAACGACAAAUACCGAAAUGGCUGAUAAGCCAAAAUCAAUGAACCAAGUAAAACAUGUUCCAAAAGAUGCUCAGGUUAUUAUGUCUGUGAUGAAAGACAUGGAAAUACCAGAUUACGAGCCAAAGGUUAUAAAUCAACUAUUGGAAUUUACUUAUCGCUACGUAACCUGCAUCUUAGACGACAGUAGGGUGUACGCUAAUCAUGCAAAGAAAAAGUUCAUCGACUUAGACGAUGUGAGAUUGGCUGUCAAAAUGCAGUUGGAACGUUCUUUCACUAACCCACCACCCCGAGAUGUACUUCUGGAUGUAGCUAAAGCAAAGAACAAUAUUCCCCUACCUUUCGUUAAGCCCAACAAUGGACUACGUCUUCCACCUGAUCGUUACUGCCUGAACUCGACAAAUUACAAGCUUAAAAAUGCAACAAAAAAAAUUGUCACCAAAGCACUACAUACUAUUGUAGGCAACAGUUUUAGCGGAGGUCAAACACGUCUGAAAAUGGAACCUAACAAAACUGGUCUAUCAAUAGUCAAAAGACCAGGCACACUUGCCACUGUUGCUAGAACUCAAGCUAUUUCAAUACCGAAGCCUGUCUUUAAAUUUUCGACCGGUUCUGCUGGAACUGCAGCAGUGAAGUCAGCAGUCGGAAAACCAAAAAUUCAGAUCUCUUCUGGUCAGCCUGUUCCCGUUAUAAAAAUGGAGACUGAUGAAUCAGCAAAGAGGAAAAGAGAAGAAGAAGAUUAUGACAUUGCUUGAAACAGCUUUAAUCGAAUCUUAAAUUUUGCCUUCGUGUUUGUACCAUGUCUAUUUUCAUGAUUAAUGUUGUUAUAAAAAUAAAACUUCCGAUAAGCUCCCA